AUGGCGCAAUCAGCUGCAAAGACACCAUGGGACAAUCCAAAGAUGGUGAAGCUCAUGCAGUUUGGAGCCAUCAUAACAUCUAAGCCGGCAAAGGACAUGAUCGUGCAGUCUGGCCUUCCGAAGAAAGCAGCAGCCUUGGACAAGAUCGUCGUGCUCGAGCAGGCCUGUGGCACGGCUCCUCUGGCAAAACUGCUCCUUGAGACUAAUCUGCUUGACGAUACUGCGAAGUCCAACCUUGAGAUCACCUGCGCCGAUUUUGCUCCCAAUAUGGUCGAAUAUGUCAAGAGAGAGAUCGACAGGUCAGGCUGGAAGAAUACAACCGCCGUCCAAGCUGACGGCAUGGACACAAAGCUACGUUCAUCUCACUACACCCACGUCUUCGUCGAAUUCGGACCGUUUGUUCUCCGUGAUUCCAGCAAAGGCCUCCAAGAAUGCCAUCGAAUGCUCAAGCCCGACGGCAUGCUGAGCACUGCAACAUGGCAGUACGUUCCCUGGAUUGACGAGUUUAAGCCUGUCUUCAAGAACAACCCCGAAUUCCCACCAUUUGCCGAUGGCACGCCGGAGGCUGCCAAGCGCAAUCUGGAAGCUGACGGUUUCGUCGACGUCGAAAGCAAAGCUUACGUGCAUGACGUCGCCUUUUCCGUUGAGGACGUUGUUUCAGCACUACCUGCUAUCCUGAGCAUGAUCCAGAACACGCUGUGGACGCAAGAACAACGGGCGCAGUACGAUGCUCCCGUGAGACAGGCUAUUGAAGCUCUUCUGGUUGAGAAGUACGGAGCAGAAGGCAUGAUACCAUGGAGCUGGGAAGCAGUGGUUGCGACUGGCAGGAAGCCGUCCUAA